AAACACAUCACUCACAACAAAACCCACUUCACUGUUUUAGGUCCAUCAAUCUUUUACUAAUCUCUACUCAUACAUUUAUACAUGGUGAUGAAGCAGUCGAUUAUAGGGAAUCAGUCGGAGCAAAACAACAACGAUGCCAAGUACAAAGGCGUCCGGAAGCGCAAGUGGGGCAAAUGGGUUUCCGAGAUCCGCCUCCCCAACAGCCGCGAACGUAUCUGGUUGGGGUCCUACGACACCCCAGAGAAGGCGGCGCGUGCCUUCGACGCGGCUCUCUACUGCCUCCGCGGCCGCACAGCCAAGUUCAACUUCCCCGACAACCCUCCGGAAAUCUCCGGCGGACGUUCCCUCUCCCCCGCCGAAAUCCAGGCCGAGGCAGCCAGGUUUGCUAAUAACGAGGCCGAUCCUCUUAUUCCUCCGCCGCAGGUUCCAAGGAGCCACUCGGAUUUGUCCAUGUCGGAGCAGCGCACGGAGGAGUCGCCGUCGGUCUCGGAGGGAAGUGGGACCCUUGUCAUGGACAGUGCUAGCGACUUUAGCGUGACCGUGAACCAAACCGAGGAGUCGUUUUCCGACUUGUUUAGGACGUUCGGGUCCGGUAACUACGCGUCGGAGUAUGGAUUGUUCCCGGGUUUUGACGAUCUCAACGGUCAGUUUUUCAGUCCGGCACCUCAAACGCCGGCCGAUGAUUACGCCGAGGAGAGUCUAGCCCAGGAGUCGUUCCUCUGGAAUUUCUAAGGACCCGAUACCAUACACAAAGCUUAAUUUAAUUAAUUAAUUAGCUAAACUAAGCUGGCUAAUUAAAAUUAAAUUAUUACAUAUUUUUUUCGCCGGGACGACGACGAAGCUUUGGACAGUUUUAGUUUCCGGAGCUUUUACUAUAGUCCGGUCACGGAUGGACCAGAUUUUUGUGAGGCCAUCCUUACCAUAUAUCGUUCAUACUUGUAUUUAAUUUGGGUACAAAGAAAUCUCUCACACAGUGUAACCAUCCAGUUAUUCAUUGGAUUUGUUGAGUGGAAAUAUUUCAUCUUGUUCUGGUUAAAUGUAAUCUUGUUAACCCCGUUCGUGUUCAUAGUUACAGAGCCGAUGGCUUUUCAGUU